AUGGACGGCACGCCUGCGGUGGAAGCUUCAGCAGCUGCGGCGAACGGUACAAUGGACACCAGGAUGGAUAUAGAUAUGGACCUGGACCUUGGACAUUUACCUGAACCUGAUCCGAUUGGGCUGGAACCAGUUCCUACUCUGACGGUAGUGUCCGCGAUCGCGGGGCAGGCCGAGGCUGGGGCAGCCAACCCCAAUGACGAACCACAGCUUGAGAAAGUUCAUAUUCGUGGUGUCGAUGAGUUGACUACGGAUGAUAUCAAACGGUUUGCUGCUGAAAAUUUCACUUUGGAAGAGCCUCAGCGAAUUGAGUGGAUAGAUGAUACCUCCGCAAAUAUUAUAUACAGCUCGGCAGAGAUAGCAUCGAAAGCUCUAUCUUCAUUCACUCAGGAGAAUGCUGAAGAUGCAGUUACUAGCUCGCCCUUAUUUCGCCUUAGGACGGCGAAGGCAUUGUCAUCCCACCCAGACUCGGUUCUACAGGUCCGGCUGUCCGUAAAGUCAGAUCGAAAGAAACACCGCGCCCACGAGGCGAGUCGUUUCUACCUGAUGCAUCCAGAGCAUGAUCCUCGAGAACGGAUGCGGAACGAGUUUUCUGGAAGGAGACACCGUGGGUUUAAAGAUGAUGGGGAUGGGGAUUAUCGGAGAAAACGAUUUGACGAUAAGGAGCAUCGUCGGCGCAGGGGCCAAGCUAGAGACGAUCAUUUCGAUGUUAACAUGUAUGAUGACGACGGGGACCGUGGACGACGAGCCUCCAGCGGUGAUAUAUCGAGUGCUGGAUCACAUAGCAGGAGCCGUGCAAGGAGGAAUAACCGAGACCUUUUCGACGAUCGUAUGGAGUCUUCAGAAGGGCGACUUCGAGACCGCAGUGCUUCGCCUUCCAGGGCAAAUGGAGAUGGGCCAGAUCUUCGACUUGCCGGUGGCUCAUCAUCCAACAGGCGCUUCCGCGAUAGACCCUCCCUUUCUGGUCGUGACAGCAGGGAUAGGUCUCGUUCUAAUGCCGGCAAAGAGCUUUAUCGUUCUGGUAACAACUCGAGCGAUGAGACUACAAGAGGAAGGGAAUUGUUCCCUAACAAGACCGCAUCAAGCUACCUGAAACAGGAACUACUAAUGAAUACCGUUUCUCCACCGGCUAAUACGGUCCAUCGCCGGUCCGAUGCUUUUGACGCUGCUGACGAAACAACUGAUCUGUUUGCCCAGCGGAUGACUGUUCCAUUUGUGGACGGUGCUAACGAUGAUUCUAAACGCUCCAAUAAGCGUAACGUGGAACUGUUUCCGGAUUCGUCAAAGGGACGUUCUCAGGACUUGAACAUCCGUGGCCUAUCCUCAGAGGAUAGCGGAGUGUCUAUUCGAGGGGCUGCCACAGGUGGUAUCUCUAUAAAAGGGGCCGCAAACGUCAGAGAACUCUUCCCCUCGAAAUACACUGGCAAUGAAGGGAAAGAGCUCUUUUCUGAUACACUCGAAGGGAGAGGCGGGAGGAGAAGACGUGCUGAAGAUAUGUUCGGUUGA